AUGUCUCCCUUCAGAACCCUCCUUUCCCACCACCACUCCUACUCUCUCCUUCAACCCCAUCUUUCCAUUUCCCAAAUAACCCGCAAACCUUUCUCAUUCUCCUCCAUCUUCCAGAGAUUCUAUAGCUCACACCAGACUGAAAACCAAACCAAACCGAGAAAGCCUUUAGACCUUCUCUUCAAAGAGGCCGUAGAACUAUCACCAAAACCCGAAAACUCCGAAAGCGAAGGUGAAACCGAAGACAGCCCAUUGAAGAAGGGCUUGAGGGAGUUGGAGAAAGAGGUAAAGAGCUUGAAAUCGAAUUCGAAUGGUGAAAACAAAGCGAAGAAGAGUGAAGUCGAACCCAAGAAUUCUAAGGGUGAAACCGAAGACAGCCCAUUGAAGAAGGGCUUGAGGGAGUUGGAGAAAGAGGUAAAGAGCUUGAAAUCGAAUUCGAAUGGUGAAAACAAAGCGAAGAAGAGUGAAGUCGAACCCAAGAAUUCUAAGGGUGAAACCGAAGACAGCCCAUUGAAGAAGGGCUUGAGGGAGUUGGAGAAAGAGGUAAAGAGCUUGAAAUCGAAUUCGAAUGGCGAAAACAAAGCAAAGAAGAGUGAAGUCGAACCCAAGAAUUCUAAGGCUAAGGUCAGCUUAUACGAAGUGUUCACAAACAAGGCGGCGGCGGGGGAUGAAAGGAAGUGGAAAGAGUUGACAAGAGAGAGAUCAAAUGCGUUUAAGGCUUUGUCGCAGGAUAUGGAAGUGGUUGUGAGCCAUUUGUACAAAGAAGGGUACUUUAAAGAUGCCAAUUUCUUGUCUGUGAAUGAUGGUAGGUUGGAUUUUAGUUGCUUUAACAAUAGCUAUGGCCGCAGUUUUGUAAAGUUUGCGGUGGAGAGGUUUGCCAAAGACAACCAAGUGAUUGCAAAAUGGUUGUCAGGCUCUGACUUGAAAAAGGUGGCCCUUGUUGGUUGCCCUUCCCUUGCAAGAAAGAGUGUUUUCGGUGCUAAAAGAUUGCGUAAAUUUUUUGAUAUUCAAGAACAUACUGUUUGUAGCAAAUGUGUCUUAAAACAAUCAUGCAACUUUGUGAAUAAGAAUGUGUGGAAUAGAGGCGCCAAGAAUUUGGAUCUGGCUGAUGUUAUGAAUACUAUCACUUUAUAUGCUCUGGAUGCUGUGCCUCCACAGCUGGUUGUGUCUGAUGAAGUAAAGUCUUCUGUUAGUCGAUUGCUCAAGGAGGUGUUGAGGCUAAGGUGCACAUGUGGGGGAUCUGAAAUAAUCCAACCCAAUUUGGGUGAAGUUUUCACCCUCCGUAGCGGGUUUGCACAGAUUUUGUAUACCACCUUCAGUCUUACAUUUGGGUUUGCUUGCACACGUUACAUUGCAUGCAUUUUUACUGGUUUUAUGAAUUUAGUUUCAUCUAAGUUCUUGCUUGCUUCCUCUGGUCACCAGUGCGUCCUGGAAUCUCGUAUCUCACCGACCAUAUAUUCUGUUCCAGAAACAGCAGUUGAGUUCUCUUGA